AUGAUUGUUGGUGUACUGGAAGGGAAUCCCAAUGGAGCUGGAAUUGGUGCUAACAGACAGCUGAGAUAUUUUCAGAGGAAUAAUCCUCCGUUGUUCAAAGGCACUCACAAUCCUGAUGGUGCUCAAAAGUGGCUGAAGGAAAUCGAGUGGAUCUUUCGGGUGAUCGAUUACACCGAGAACCUGAAGGUGAGGUAUGAGUAUGCUUCCAAGUUUAUGGAGUUGGUGAAGUACUAUACUCACUACAACAAUGAUGAGGCUAGUGAAAUCUCGAAGUGCAUCAAAUUUGAGAAUAGUCUUCGUGAUGAGAUUAAGCAAGGUAUCAGAUAUCAAAGGAUUCGUAGAUUUGCUGACUUGGUGGAUUGCAGUAGAAUAUUCGAAGAGGAUAACAUUAAGGUGAAGCCUAUGGAUAAAGGUAAGCCAUAUGGUAAAGGAAAUCCUAAAGACGAUGAUUGGAAAAGGCCUAGUGGGGGAGACUCUAGCGCUCUUGUUAGAAUGAAGACCGUGACUUGCUACAAUUGCAAUGAAGAAGGUCAUAUCAGUCUGGAGUGCACUAAGCUAAGGAAGAAUCAAGCUGGUGGUAAAGUGUUUGCUUUUUCUGGGUCAAAGACUACUUCUGAGGAUCGAUUGAUUAAAGCUGUCGGUAUUGAGAACUUGGCGAUGACUGCUAGAUAG